AUUGGAAAAACAGAAUUUGCAUUAAAUUGUCAAAAUUUUAGUUUUGCUUAAAACAUGUGAAAGAAAAUAAUUUCUAAUAAAAUUUUCCUUACUUUUCCAGGCUUAAAUUCGACAGUUCGAUUAUCUGAAUCAUGUUUCAUUCAACACCUUCGUAUUCCGAUAUGACAUCAGUUGCAGGGAAUACUGCUUCAUUUCAUCAAACCACUAACUCUUCAGCAAACACUCCUGUUUAUGUGCCAUCGAACCGUGCAAUAACUCAUGCACAAUACGGUCACGCUGGAAAUUACACAAAUGGCCAAAAUGGUUGGCCAGCAGAAAGUGCAUUCGGUUCUGCACAUUCACCAUUUUAUGCACAAAACAUGAUGUAUAUGCGAGCGGGUUUUCAUCCCGAUCCAUCCGGUUUUCAAAGAACUUCUCCAUAUGGAAUGGAGAGUGCAAUGGACUUUCAAUUUGGAGAAGGUCGAGAAUGUGUGAAUUGUGGUGCAAUAAGUACUCCUCUUUGGAGAAGAGAUGGUACAGGACAUUACUUGUGCAAUGCUUGUGGACUUUAUCACAAAAUGAAUGGGAUGAAUCGACCAUUGAUCAAACCAAGCAAAAGACUGCAAACUGCCACUAGACGCUUAGGUUUGUGUUGCACCAACUGUGGAACUCGAGCUACAACCCUUUGGCGACGCAAUAAUGAAGGUGAACCAGUAUGCAAUGCUUGUGGUUUGUACUUUAAAUUACAUGGAAUCAACCGUCCACUUGCGAUGCGAAAAGAUGGAAUACAAACAAGAAAAAGAAAACCGAAAAAAGCUGGUUCCGGACCUGAAGUUUUGGGUUUAGUGAAGAAAGAAGAUAUGCAUCAUCACCAUCAUCAUCAUGACGAUAUAAAAUCGACAUCAAGUUCUGACAGAGGCGCCAAUUCUAAAUUGCUUAUUUCUGGAAGUCCCAAGUUAUUACAUAGCACGCCAAAAAGUCACAUCUCACCAAUUUCCCACCAUCAUCAUCAUCUGUCAACUCAGGCUUCUUAUCCUAUAGCAUCAUCUUUGGCAGGAAUGCAUCCCUCAAGCGUGAACUCUCCAUCCAAGUAUGAUUUACAAUCUUCAUCAUCUAGUGCGUCUCAUUCUGCUAUCUCAUCAUCGUCAUUGUCACAUUCUUCAACAGUUUCAUCCCAUUUAUACACUUCACCUUUGAUAUCAUCGUCUCAAAACAAUUUACAUAGUUCGUAUUUACAUAACAAUAGCCUAUCGAAUUCUUCUUACGGAGGCAUCAAGUCUGAAUCGAAUAUACCAGGAAUAACAAAUCCUGGAAGUAUGAUAAACGGCAAUUAUGAUUACAUGAGUAACUGCAUACAAAAUGGAUAUUUCGGCGGAACUUUUCAUGGAAGUGGCCCACAUUCUGAUCUAAGUGGUUAUCAUCAUCAACACAACGUGAUUCAAGCCGCAAAACUAAUGGCAACAUCAUAG